AUGCUGCGGUUGGCGGCGGCUUGCCCUGCGUCAUGUUCAGUGUGCACCAAAGACGUAACUCUCUGUCACCAGUUAACCUAUAUAGUAGCAGCCCCUGUGACCACAAGAGUUUUGAUCAUCACUGAUGGAUCCCUCUCCUCUAUAGAGAGCACAAAUCUGUCUCUCCUGUUUAAUCUUGCCCUGCUCUCCUUGAGCAGAAAUGGCAUUGAGGAUGUGCAGGAAGAUGCCCUCUAUGGCCUUUCAAAGUUGCAGACGUUGCUGCUGGAGCACAACCAGAUAUCCAGCUCUGCGCUCACGGAUCACACCUUCAGCAAGCUUCACAGCCUGCGGGUGCUGGUGCUUAGCAAUAACGCCCUCCGGACCCUGCGAGGAUCCUGGUUCAGGAACACCAGGGGCCUGACCCGGCUCCAGCUGGAUGGGAAUCAGAUCACUAAUCUGACAGACAGUUCUUUUGGAGGCACAAAUCUCCGCAGUCUCAGGCAUCUGGAUUUAUCUAACAAUUUUAUUUCCUACAUUGGGAAAGAUGCCUUCCGGUUCCUGCCUCAACUACAGGAAGUGGACCUUUCCCGAAAUCGGUUGGCCCAAAUGCCAGAUGUUUUCACUCCGCUGAAGCACUUAAUCCUCCUGAGCUUAGAUAAGAACCAGUGGAGCUGUACUUGUGAUCUCUACCCCCUUGCUCGGUUUUUAAGAAACUACGUUAUGUCUUCUGCUCACAAGCUCAGAAAUGCCAAAGCCCUACAUUGUCAGCCACCUGCCACAGCUGGGGCUGGUGCAAAGAGUGUGUUAAGGCUGUCGGACACCAACUGCGAUCCCAAGGCUUCCAACCUCACUCUGGUUCUAAAGGACAGAAGCCCCCUCCUCCCAGGGCAGGAUGUGGCCCUGCUGACUGUCCUGGGCUUUGCAGGAGCUGUUGGUCUCACUUGCCUAGGUUUAGUUGUAUUUAACUGGAAACUCCAACAAGGCAAAGUAAAUGAACACACAUCAGGAAAGCUUUGUUGCAGAACCUUUGGUGAAUCCCUGUGUGCUCAUGAGGCAAGAAAUCACCACGCUAAGGGGUACUGUAACUGCCACUUAACUCAGGAAAACGAGAUAAAGGUCAUGUCCAUUGUGGGGUCCAGAAAGGAAAUGUCACUUUUCCAGGAAAACAGCCAUCAAGCAGCACAGACCUCUGAGUCCACAGCCCCUGCCGGGUCAUUUAGAAACCUGGAAGGGAAGGACCAUGAAGCAGGCAGCACUCGUGCCUGCCUUGGUGGCAGGUUGCUGCAGUCAGGAUAUUCAGAGCCUCCCGGGAAUAUGGCAGCUUUUAAUGAAGCAGGCUUACUUACAAGAUACUGUCCAAAGAGAGUUGAAAGUCCAAGGAACCUUGAGCCUGGGGGAGUCCAACCUCAAACUCUGCCACAGCAUGUAAGAAGAACAAUAGAUAUCAGCAGUGACACAUUUAGUAGAAGAUAUGCAACACGAGCUUCAUCUUUGGCAAGAGAAAGUCUUGAAAAGCAUUUAUCAAAUGAAUCAUGGCAGCUUCCAAUAGAAAAAGAAGACAAUGGCUUACAACCUCACAGGCAGCGACAUUUCAUUACAAGCUCAUCAUCCAAGCCUUAUGAGCCUGAGGAGCACUAUGUACAAAAGAUCUUACAAAAACAUGAAUCAAAAUAUGAUGAUCCUUGUGAACUGUUAAAACGGAGCAGGCCUAGGUGUUUGCAGCCAAAAAAUUCUCUUAUCUGUAAAUAUGUGCCCUACGAUCAAUUUAAAGAUUAUGUGAAAGAAAAGAAGCCACAUCGUCGAGAACAUUCAAAGUCCAAGAAAGAGCAAAUCCAAAUUUAUAGUGCAAUAGAAAAAUUCCUUAUGAGUGAGGACAAUGUGGAGUUAUCGGGGUUAUCAACAAAUAUCAAGAAAACAUAUUCCCCUAGGAGUGUUAGCUUCCAUGAUCCUGGUUUAGUUGAAAAAAAUAGGCUGGUGAUGUCACGCCAAACAACAACCGGUUCAAAACAGCAGAAACAUCAAAGCGACCACCUGACCACCUUGAAUCUCAAAAAAUGUAGCAAUGUGCGAGAGAGAAGCAAACUAGGAAAAUGGCUUCCUGAUACACAGAUUCUGAAAGGAAAGAGAACCAAUCGAUCUGAUCUCAAAGGGAAACUUAGAAAGCAAAAUUUAAGGAUAAAAUUAAAUUUAUGCCCUUUUAGAAAAGCCAGAGUCCAUCCAGAAAAAUCCUCGAUGGAACUCCCUCCAAAAUGCAAGCAAGUAUUUUUACCGCCUAAUAAGUUAUCUAAAGCUUCUAAGAAAGAAGCCAAAAUAAACCUCCUGUCGUCUGCAGUUUUUCCCCAACAGCCAGAAAGUAACAACUAUAUUGCACUCACUUCAAACAGACUGCCUCCCAAGCAUGCCCCAAAUCAGACCCCCUCUUACAAAAAACAUACUAAAAAGGCUCCUAUGCCCAGUGCUAACAACUUCUCUGUAGUCAAUCAGAGCUCCCUGGAAGGCAACCGUCACCCUCCUGGCCUCAUUUCUGAUGGCAGCCCAGCCACGUUGCCUGGGCUCACUCUCACUGUAGCUGAACACAGGCACUCACACUCUCAGUUCUCAGCUGAGCAAAUGGAAGAUGCACCUCGCCCAGCAUUGGUAGCGUCCAGUUGUCUACCAGCUUCUUGGGAAGAUACAGGCAGUGAUGUUUUAGCAUCCUGCCAUUCCAGGAGGGCUACUGACCAAGGAGCGAUACAGCCUGCUGAGCACAUGGAGCAGGACAAAUCUGGGACCAGUGUGCCAACCCAGUUUUCUCUGUCCUUGGAAAAUCAAACACACCUUGUCCGUGUCCGCAAGACUGACACCUACAACGAACACAUUGUAGAUCAGAAUCAACUGUUACAACAUGUAGUGCAACACUCAAGUAAGGAAGAACUUGGGAAUGCAGAAAAAACAUUAAUGACAGGACCUAAAAUAUCACAUCAGAUUAUGGAAAAUUGUAUUACAGACGGGGGAGCGGAUGUAGGAAAAAAGCUUCCUAAGACAGAAAUAUGUGAUUCCUCUCUCAUUCCUCGAACAGAGUCCAAGGGCAACCUCGCAUUUAUGAAGAUGAAUUUUAUUCCAUCCCAAAAUAGAAUGGAACUUCCCAAGGAUAUCAGUACUUCUCUUAGUACUCAAGCCAUCUGGCAUCUAACCAAUAGCAGCGAGAAAGAAACUGACGGCACAAAUGCAUUGCCCAGAGAUGAAGGCAUCGAAGCACUAGAGAUAAAAAUAGUAGGAAAAGAGGAGGAAAAAAUGCCUGAUAAAAGCAAAGCAAAUUCUAGUAUGUUAAUACAGACCAGACAGAUGACCUUAAAAGGCACGACAAAAGAAAAGCAGGAAACUUGGGAAAAUGGAAAAAGUAAAACCCUUACAUUACAUGGUUCAAGCUCUGUUGAGGCUCCUAUUACAGCUGAGAGUUUGAGUAUGGUGAGUUCCCAUGAAACUGAAGGUAGACUACCUCCUAGUGAAGCAGACAUUCAAAUAAACAGUAAUAUGCAUGAUUUGAGAGAGUCUCCAAAUAUUUGACCGGAUCACGGUGACAGAGCACAGAGAGAAGGUGCAGUGGCAGCAGAGACACUCAAAGCACUUCCGCUCUUCCCAGAGGUAAAAGAUAUUAGUUUUGAGGCACAAAAUGAGGUGCCUCUAAUUCCUAGAAGAAUAAAUGAAGCUGGAAACUCUGCUCUAACCAUACACCAUCCACCAUCGGCCGAAUAUGCUAAUACAUCACCUUUGGAGGCAGAACAAAGUGAACAAAAUAACUCAAAUAACAAUCAUUUUCUACUUUGGCUUUCUUCAAAAGGACACACCAACUCCUUCAGCUUUUGCAUGCAUUUCAAAUGCUUUGUUUGGGAGAAAAAAAUCCUUCGCAACUCUUUGUUAUCAGUGAACUAA